AUGCCACGUCCUUUAAGAUCGAGUUGUGAUCGUUGUCACUCGCAGAAGCUCAAAUGUCCGAAGCAGCCUGGAGUUUCAACCUGUACAAGAUGUCUCAAGGCCGACGCCACUUGUAUUUUCAGCCCGGCCGGACUUAGCACUCGACGCGCGCUACCGGCCUCUAAUUUUACCUACUUGAACAGCGACCUGGAUAUGAAUAUGCAGUUUGACUGGCCUCCUUUGGAAUUUGAAAAUACUUUAGUUACUCCCCCAGAAGUUCCCCAAGAAUCCCUACGAGAUCAACAAGUUCCAGAUCAACCAGUUGAACAAUCAGAGCCAGCUUCUCAGGAUCCGCGGUCAACCUGUGUUAAAAGGUUACCUGAGAUCAUCAUCGCGCGGUGCAAUGGCAGAAGUGCUAAGAACGAGGACUAUGAUAGCGAUGAGGAAGACCUGAGAAAUGGUGUUCCUACUACAUACUCCCAGCACCGUGGCGGUCAGUUCACCCCGGAUAUGAAGACAACAGUUGCCGAAAGGCAUGAUGAACUAAUAUGCCGUAAGAGUGAACUACAGGGGGAGCUAUACACCGCAAAGCAGCGGUACCUCGACGCGCGCGACUGGUUUAUUAACGCCUCUAACCCGCAAUGGGAUGCGAAAAAGUGCUUCAAAUACCGGCAACUGGAGGACAACUACGUAGACCUAACGCGCUAUGCUCCUCAGCUUCGGGGAAAGCGUAUCCGUGCCGAUGGCGGUGCAGAAAAGCGGGAGUUGGGAUAUGAACACGCGCCGUUCUCGCAUAUGGACGUUGUCGAAUGCUAG